GUGAUUUAUUAGAAAAUAGGUAUUUGAAUUAAGAUAAUCAAGCUCAAACAUAACGAGAGAGCCAUUUCCGAUUGAUUAGCAAGAAAGUGUAUCGUAUAAAAGCAUUUGUUUCGGUAGAACUGAUUCAGCAACUUUAGACCUUUCUUAAACCCACACAACUGAGUUCAAAUAAAAGUUCUGUAGUCAUUCACGCAUGUAUUCAUCCAAUCAUAAGCAGUUAUCAUGCCUGAUACACUUUGAUUUUGUAACAUUUUAGGAAGACUAUGAUAACAUAGCCCUGAUUAUCAUGCUAUUUUUCAAUUUUUUUGUUCUUCCUUUUUCUUUUCCUUUAAUUUUUAACCAUGUUGAAAAAAAGAAUAGGUUUCUUGUUCAACAAUGAAGUGAGCAAUAAGCCACGUACUUCUUCUAUAAAGAAAAAGAAGGCCCAGACCCUAACACCAGUGAUUAUCAAGGCAGAACAACCAGAAGAUAUCUUGGCAGACUGCGACAUAUUUAAACAAAAGACUUCACCUAUUUGGAAAAGAAAACGAUUUCAUUUUAUUAUUGGUUUAUCUAUGGGUUUAUUAGCAGCGUAUGGUGCUUCUACUACACCUGUGGCUCAAACGCAUUUAAAUGAGUUUCAGACUUAUCUAGCUCUCCAUUUAUCAGAAAUGGAUCUAGCUAGAAUGUUGCCUAUGACAGAAAUAGUCGAUGAACUCUUGGGUAAUGUGACCAAUUUCUUUACGCCUAUACCUUCAACGGAUCAAGCAUUUAUGCCUGCCUUGUCAUUCAAAGAGGAAAUGGACUUGAAACCUCAUUUUCCGGUUGUUUUGAUUCCAGGUAUUAUUUCUUCUGGAUUGGAAUCUUGGGGAUCAGCAGAAAAAUCAAGAAGGUUUUUUAGAAAGAGAAUGUGGGGCACAACAACUAUGUUUCGGUCGGUAUUGCUGGAUAAAGAGUUAUGGACAGAACACUUGAAACUCGACCCUGUGACUGGACUAGAUCCUCCUGGGAUUAAGAUUAGAGCUGCUCAAGGUUUGGAUGCUGCCGAUUAUUUCGUCACUGGAUAUUGGAUUUGGGCCAAAAUCAUUGAAAAUCUUGCAUUCAUUGGCUACGACAACAAUAACAUGUAUUUGGCUAGUUACGAUUGGAGAUUGUCUUUUUCUAAUCUAGAAGUACGAGACCAUUACUUUACGAAACUACAAAACUUAAUCGAAACAUCUAAGAAGACCACCCAACGCCCUGCUGUUAUUGUUACACAUUCAAUGGGAUCAAGUAUGUUUCCUUAUUUCUUGAGAUGGGUACAAAGCCCUGAAGGUGGAAAUGGCGGUGAGGAUUGGACAGAGCGCCAUAUUGCUUCUUUUGUGAAUAUUGCAGGACCUAUGGUGGGUGUUCCCAAGGCAUUGACAGCUUUGCUCUCAGGCGAAACACGGGAUACUAUGUCAUUAGGCAGUUUUAGUGCUUAUUUAUUGGAGAAGUUCUUUUCAAGAAGAGAAAGAGCAAGUCUGAUGCGUUCUUGGAGCGGAGGAUCCUCUAUGUUGCCAAAAGGAGGUGAUGCUAUCUGGGGCACUCGCAACGGUGCUCCUGAUGAUGAAGAUAACAGUUAUCAUUCUUAUGGCAACAUUAUUUCAUUCACAAAAACAAACGAAGAAGAAGCUACGGCUGAAGAGAAAGAUAAGAAUAAAACGAUUGAGAAAAUGAUCGACAAGGACGUAGACCAGAACUAUAGUGUAGAAGACUCACUAGACUUGUUACAUCAGUCAGCUGCUGGUGAUUUCUCUCGAAUGCUCCAGACAAAUUAUUCUUAUGGUAUCACUACAUCCAAAAAGCAAUUGAAAAAGAACAAUCAAGACCCUAGAAAAUGGUCGAAUCCUUUAGAGUCCCAGUUACCUAUAGCACCUAGUAUGAAGAUUUAUUGUAUGUAUGGUGUUGGCAAGCCAACUGAAAGAAGUUACUAUUAUACCCGAGUCAAUGAAGAUAUCAAGACCAGCUCAGAAGAAGAUGUAGACUAUAAGGAUGUUUCCAAGUUGUUAAACGGAACAGCCAUUCAUGAAGAAGAGUUUAUGGAUGCUGUGGUAAAGGAUUCUAUAUAUAAAAGACGGCCCGAGGAAAGCAGUAGUACGGAUGAUGUGCCACAUCCACCUUCUAUUUAUAUUGAUAGGGCAAUGCAUGAACCAUCCAAAGGGGUUGAAACAGGUGUGCGUUUCUCUGACGGUGAUGGCACUGUGCCUCUAUUGUCUUUAGGUUACAUGUGCGCACCCUCUGGUGGUUGGACAAAAUAUGCAGAUCUUUACAAUCCAGGCCGUAGCCCAGUUGUAGUAAAAGAAUAUGUACAUGAACAAACAGGUGAUCAUGUUGAUAUUCUAGGCAAUUGGGAAAUGACACUCGAUAUUCUUCAAAUUGUAUCAAAUAAGGGAGAAAAUGUCACACAACGCAUUGUGUCUAAUAUUGAAAAUUAUGUACAAAAGAUUAAUCUUGAACCAUUACCGUAAAUUUAAUUGAAAUAAAUUGCCACUUGUUUUUAUGAA